CCACCUCGAUUUUGAUAUCAUCAUCGCCAAAGUUUAUUUGCUUCUUUUGAAAACGAACCGUCACAUAUUCAGAUAAUCUACAGAUAAUCUACAUACUUAAAUCAUGGUCCGACACAAGAAAGAUAACUUCUCUUCUAGAGGCAAGAAAUAUAGCAACCCUCCCCGAAAUCGAGGUCCGCGUAACAAUUCCGACGAUGAAUCACAACCCCGCUCCUCUCGUCCCGCUUUCAAAGCUGCAUGUUGGGAUCUCGGUCAUUGCGACCCGAAACGUUGCUCUGGGAAGAAACUCAUGAAGCUCAAUCUCAUGCGGGAGUUACAUGUUGGUCAAAAGCAUCAAGGUGUUAUUAUAUCUCCUAAUGCGAAGGCUACAAUAUCACCGGCGGAUCGCGAAAUCAUGUUGCAAUACGGUGCGGCAGUUGUGGAAUGUUCAUGGGCUCGCACAUCAGAAGUACCUUGGGCGAAGUUAGGUGGAAAAUGUGAGAGACUGUUACCAUAUCUCGUAGCGGCUAACUCGGUCAAUUACGGUAAACCUUGGAGGUUAAAUUGUGUGGAGGCUUUGGGAGCUGCGUUCUAUAUAUGCGGAUUUGAGGAUUGGGCGGAACAAAUCUUAGAGCCUUUCAACUAUGGCCGAUCAUUUCUGGAUAUCAAUUCCAGCCUUUUAAAACGAUAUGCAGCAUGCAAAGACGAAGAAGAGAUAAAAAAGGCUCAGGAGGUUUGGAUGGAGAAAUUGGAGAGGGAAUAUAAAGAGAGUAGAGAGGGUGGUCCAGAUGGUGAAGAUGAUAUUUGGAAAAGUGGAAACACGAAUCAUAGAUUACCUGAAAGUUCGGAUGAUGAAGAUGAGAAUGAAGAAGAUGAAGAGGGAAAAGACAGGGGUGACGAAGUCGACGGGAUAUAUCUCGGUAAAGAACAACCAAAAAAGAAACCACAGGCUGACGACGAUGAGGAUGAUGAGGAUGAGGGAGAAGAUAAGGAUCCAUAUGCUAUCUCAGAUGAUGAGGAUGAUGAAGAAGAAAUGGCAGAGCUCCGUCGACGAGUCCUCGCCUCUAAACCCUUUUCAAAUCCACAGACCGCAAAUCAAAAAGCAGCUCCAGAAAAGAUCUCAAGGCCUAUACCAUUGAAAGAAGAUUCUGAAGUCGAAGUGGAUUCGGAUAAUGGAGAAGAUGAUGAGUUUGACAACAUCAUUGAUGCCACUCCAGUCACAGACAGAACUGGUAUAAUGGCAAAAGAGAAAGCCAAGACCGUGACUCCAACGAUUGCCAGUGCUACAUUCUCUAGGACAGUCGUUGGUGCACCAAAAAAGUGGUAGUUAUAUCACAAAUUCAAUAUCAAUUUAACGAGUUUGACGGUAUGUCCAUUUAGGUUGAUGCAAGUUGCGACAUGAAUUAUGCUGCUGCAAGUGUUGUAGCAACUCAAAAGCAUGAUAUCUUUCUAUCUAGGCCCAGCUUAGCUUUUGUGGGUGACUGUUCUGCCAGCGAAUUUCUGGCGCCAUCAGUAGUGACCAAGAUGAAAAGUCAAUUCUGAACUUUUAAGGAAAUGUUUUGUGCGUGAAAUGUAAAUUACUUGGGUUAAUUAUUAUUAUUUCUCAUCUCUAUCACUCUCUAUC